AUAAGUGCAAAAAGUUGAACAAAGUUGAAAUACCAUUAGAAGUCAAAGAUGUAGUAUUUUAAAAUGUAGGCUAUCAAUUAUAACCACUAUAAGAGUGCAUAUGUUUUAUUACUGCAUGAGUUGCAAGCUGUUCUAGGUCAUUCAAUCCGAAAACAUAAAUUAUGACUCUCUCCACCCCUCCCAUCACGCCUUCUCCAUCUCUCUACACACUCACACUCAACACACCUUAGUAUUGCUCCUCUCACCAGUCUUUAACUCAUGUUGCGCUCUUUCGGAUUUAUUCAGCUCUCCACACGGACAUCAUGCAGCUGAAGUCCGAAGCUUUUUGAGACUUUCUUCACUGGUUUUGGUCCAAAUAUAAGUGUCAUGUGGGAGUUCUCGAGGACUCGUUACGCGGACUGUAACGGCUCAGAGGUGAGCGAGGAGACGGAGAUUGCUGUAAACAUUGGUGGUGUCAAGCACAUUCUCUACGGGGACGUCCUGAACCGAUAUCCCGAGACGCGUUUGGCGGAGCUGGUGAACCGCUCCACGAAUUCCACACAAGAAGAUCUCUCUGCGCUCUGCGAUGACUACGACGAAUUAAAGCGAGAGUUUUAUUUCGAUAGAGACCCAGAGGCUUUUAAAUGCAUCCUAGAGCUGUACUACUACGGAGAGAUUCACAUGAAGCGAGGAAUCUGUCCCAUGUGCUUCAUGAGAGAGAUGGACUAUUGGGGGAUCGACACGGAGUAUCUGGAUGAAUGCUGCAGAAGUAAUUUAAAUGAGACGGAGACUGAGCUGGCGGAAAUAGCAGAGAAGGUCAAGACCAUCCUGGACGACCUGGAGGAGGAUGCAACGAUGACUAGAGGCCAGAGGUGCCAAGCGUUCCUGUGGAAACUCAUGGAGAAACCAGAGUCAUCUUUAGCCGCGCGCGUAAUCGCAGUUGUGUCGUUCGCGUUUAUCCUGCUCUCCUCUGUGGUCAUGUGUGUGGGUACCAUCCCGGAGCUCCAAGUGCAAGAUGCCGCGGGUAACCUGGUGGAACAUCCGACCCUUGAGUCCAUCGAGACGGCUUGCAUCAUCUGGUUCACCGUGGAAUAUAUUUUGCGCCUCGUGUCCUCUUCUAACAAAUUGCACUUUGUGUUUUCCUUCAUGAAUUUAAUAGACUUUCUAGCUAUCAUGCCGUUUUACGUAGUGUUGAUUCUUACGCAUUUGGGCACUGCUAUGAUGGAGCUCGCCAACGUCCAGCAGGCAGUGCAGGCAUUACGCAUCAUGCGCAUUGCGCGCAUCUUCAAACUUGCGCGCCAUUCAUCAGGUCUGCAAACUCUCACUUUCGCGCUCAAAAGCAGCUUGAAAGAGCUGGGUCUGCUGCUCAUGUACAUGAGCGUGGGGAUUUUCCUGUUCUCGGCGCUGGGAUACACAAUGGAGCAGAGCCACCCGGAUACCAUGUUCACCAGCAUCCCACAGUCCUUUUGGUGGGCCAUCAUUACAAUGACUACUGUGGGGUAUGGAGACAUCUACCCUAAAACCACGCUGGGCAGGUGUAACGCUGCUGUCAGUUUUCUGUGUGGCGUAAUAGCUAUCGCGUUGCCAAUCCACCCGAUUAUUAACAACUUUGUCAUUGUUUACAGUAAGCAGCGUGUACUUGAAACAGCUGCCAAGCAUGAGAUCGAACUCAUGGCGUUACGCGCGAAGGAGGAAGCGCAGGAGUGUCAGGAGGCUGGAAAAAUGGCUUCGGCUGGCAACAGCUCGGUGUGGGACAGUGCGGCUGUGAGCGCGUCACAGAGUUACACAUACAUCCCGUUACUUGGUGAAAAAGGCCAACCUGCCCACAAACGCAAGAACAAGUCGAUCAAUAUGAACAGUUCGCUGUGAUUACAGCCUGAAAACAGGCUAAGCUCAAUCAGUGUAGUGUAAUCUAUCUAUCUAUCUAUCUAUCUAUCUAUCUAUCUAUCUAUCUAUCUAUCUAUCUAUCUAUCUAUCUAUCUAUCUAUCUAUCUAUCUAUACGCUCCAUACGCUCCAACUCUGUUCAGAAAAGAAUAAAAUAAAUGAUUAGUUACUAAGGGUAAAUACAAAUUUAUUUACUGAAGAACAUUAAAAAUAAAACAAUGCAGAAGUAAAUUAAAAGGGACAUGUAAAUAAAAUGUAUAUUUCAAACUUAAACGGUUUGCCAAAUAAGAGCAAAAAUCAAUCAUUUCAAUCUUAUAGACAUCAAAUGCUUAAAGACUCAUGGUCUCUGAAGAUAUCUUACAGUAAUGACAAUAUCUGACUGAUCUCUUAACUGAACAAGCAUGAAGGAAGAAAAAUGACUAUGUCUUUAUUAUGCAAUUAGUGUACUCUGAAGCAUAAAACAACAAUCACAACCUAAUUUGUAUACAUUUUUGUAACAUAAUUAACAUAAUAUAUGAUUUAAUUAUCUUCCAAAUAAAAUGAUUAGGAGGUUG